AUGACCAGUUUGACUCCGCAGAAGAUUUUUCCAAUGAUCGAAUUCAUCACUACCUUCACCUGUGGCAUACUGAUGGGAAUAGCUCUUUAUGUAAUUGCUAUAGAGCAGCCAUCACGAAUGACCAUGAAGGACCCCGUCGCUAUUCAUCGCCAAUGGCUGACAAGUUUUCAUCGAACAGCAAAACUCAUGAUGGCCCUGUCCAUGUUUCCUCAGACUGCUGGUGUUGUAGCGUAUUAUCUAGACGCCACUCGAGGCCUUCCUUGGUUGAUCGUUGCUGGGUUAGUUCUGUUCAACAUGCCUUAUACCCUGCUGGUUUUGAAGCCUUUUUUCAUUGAUCCCAUACUUGAUGAAGAUACCUGCUCUAAGAAGGAACACGCGUAUGUGGUUGAUCGUGUAGUCAAGUGGGCAAGAGCUCACAUCGUACGAGUGCUAAUCAAUAUGGCUGCAUUUGCUUUAUGCGUUUACACUGUUGUUUACAAGUGAUGCUUCGUUAGCGGACGGUAAAGCUCCUUUAGUCCGAUCAGUAUCAGAGCCGAAGAAAUGGAUAUGUAUCAUCUGAGUGGUUUUCUGUGGCUCGGUUUCUGAUCGAAUCUUCCAAAGCGUUGUUACUAAGCGACGUUAUUUCGUAAAUUAAGCCUCGUUCUUCAAAUAAUCCCGCCAAGGCCGGUUUUGUUAGGACUGCUCUUAAACUGUGAUCGACGAAUCGCAAAAGUGUGCUCUUACUUUUUGAUAUGUUUUGAGAAGAUUUAAUACUGCCUAGUUAUCAGCCUUAAAGUGUUCGCGGCCGGCUUUUUUUCUUAGAACAGCUUUAGUGGUAGGUUUUUUUUAGUUUUAAUUAAAUUAACGUGAAAACUUCACAGUUGUUGGUUUCUGGAGGUUUUUAUUGGCUCCUGAUUUGUAACAUGCAUGUUCCAGAUCUUGUUUACUGUGGGUAAUGUCGACUGAGAUAUCGGUCGACAUAGCGGUCGAUAUAGCGGUCGACAGUCGGUCGAUAUAGCGGUCGACAGUCGGUCGAUAGUCGGUCGAUAGUCGGUCGACAGUCGGUCGAUAGUCGGUCGAUAGUCGGUCGAUAGUCGGUCGAUGGUCAGUCGAUGGUCGGUCGAUAGUCGGUCGAUAGUCGGUCGAUAGUGAGAUAGACUAUCGGCCGAGUAUCGGUCGAUAUUUCGUCGACGCACCUCGACUUACUAUCGGUCAUAUGUCGGUGAUAUAUCGGCCAACAGUCGGUGAUAUAUCGGUCAACUCUCGGUGGUAUAUCAGUCAACUGUCGGUGGUAUAUCGGUGAACUGUCGGUGGUAUAUCGGUCAACUGUCGGUGGUAUAUCGGUCAACUGUCGUUCGAAUAUUAGUCGUGUGUUAAUUUAUCAGGUGAGUCCUAUGGCUUUUUUUUAAGCAAAGACGUCAUUAAUUACUGUUAUCAUGCGAUGGGGAACAUGUGCCAGUGCAAGGCGCGAUUACGCUAUGAAGAGAACCGAAGAGCACUGGGAACUAAGGACAUGAUAACCUUUUUUUUUCCAGUUUGUAUCAUCACCGAUCGUCUGAGUUUUAGCUGUUAAACAGAACCUGUCUCAGCCUAAGUUGAAUCUGCUGCUCCUGUGGUCCCGCAAAAAUGUAGGAAAAUGUAGGAAAUGCUAAGUGUCGACCGACCAUCGACCGAGUGUCGACCAAUUACUGACCGACACAUCAGUCAAGUAUCGACCAACUAUCGACCAAGUAUCGGCAAAGUGUCGGCGAAGUGUCGGUGAACGAAAAGCUAUAUCGGCCGAGACACAUCUGGAACGACUAUCGGCCGUGUCUCGACCGAGUGUCGACCCACUAUCGACCGACUAUCGACCGACUAUCGACCGCUAUAUCGACCGACUGUCGACCGAGUGUCGACCGACUAUCGACCGAGUGUCGACCGAGUAUCGACCGACUGUCGAUCGAGUGUCGACCGACUAUCGACCGAGUGUCGACCGAGUAUCGACCGAGUGUCGACCGCUAUAUCGACCGCUAUAUCGACCGAUAUCUCGGUCGACAUUACCCACAGUAAACAAGAUCCCAUGUUCCUUUGAAGAGCCCUUUUAAUGUAUUGAAAUUCAUCAUCUACCACUGUGACGCAAAGUUGACUCUUAAUCACCUGCCUAAUUGACUCAAACAAAAGUAGCGAAUAGACAUUUUUCUGAAUUUUAUGUGUCUGCUCCUCCCGAUUUUGCGUCCCCAACCCUAGCCUCCUUGGGGCUUUGGUCACGCGUUCCUGAUGAAAAGCUACCUCCCCCGCUCAAUUUUCCGCUCUAGCCGAACCCUUCGGUCCCCCUCCCCGCUUCCUGCAAAAAUAUUGAACUAGGCACCAGUUCUCGCCCUUUUGCUCUUGCUGGGCCUCCCCUGUUAUUCCUACACACGUGUUACAUUCUUCCUCUUUUCGCCGGCCAUCUUGAAUUUGCGAUAAAAUGGUAGGUGAAAGGGAAUAAUUUGAAAAUUUUUAGUACUUUAAGGUCGGUUUAGCAAAGAGGUGAUUAAUCUUUCAAAUCAAUAAAUAUCAAGCUGUAACCAUGCAAAAUCUGAGAGUAACAAGGGUUUGGAUUUGGUCACAAUGUUCUGUAGUUUCGGAGAACCAUUUCACGGUGAUUUCACAACGUGAUUUUACAUCGAACUUUUCCCAAGACUCUUUAUCGAUAUUUGCUUGGUUAAAUUUCUCUGGUGCUACCAUAAAUCCCAAGAUUUUGGAUAAAAAUAACAGCUUUGGCGAAGAUUACCUUAAUCAAGUUUUGAACUUAUGCUUUAGGGUGCGUCAAGUUUAAAACACAACGUACCCUAGUCUGACAAGUUUGAAGGGAAUUUUGGGUAUUUUAACUGUUAUCGUUUUAUGAAAAGUUGAAAAAAGGAAGAAGGCUCAAUAAGACAUCAUUCUUGGUUAUAUUAUCUCCAGUUUAAUCAAAUUUAAUUUAACAGGAGUACUGUCACAUUUGAGUGACUGUCUUUUUCAUGUACAGGUGCUUGGAGGUUUAGGUUAUUUUACAGUUGUGUGCUCAGUGCAUUGGCCUUUGAAUAGAAGCUAGGCUGAUGGAAACCUUGUUUUGUUUCAAACCUUUCUGCUUUUCUUGUGUCACUUGUGGUAUUCUUGUGCUAACAAGCCCACAAACAUUUUCAUUUACACUUGAAAUGUGAAGCCUUGAAAUAUGUCCCUUCCUGUCUCUUAUUUGUUCAAAAGCAAGGGUACUGACCACACAACUGUACAUGACCUAUAGUCUUUGUUAUGGUAGAGACAUUAAAGUGAGGAAAGGUGAAGACGUAGAUAUCGUGCCUCCAAAAUUUCUCUCUGUCAUCAAGACCUGCCGAUGAGCGUCUAUUGGCUAGCAAUGUAUUUCAUUUUUUAACGUUUGCUGUCAAGAUAAACUCUAUUGAGGUUGAAGUUGUAAAAAAUCAAGUAGGUAAACGGUCAAUAAAAGUAAAAUAAAAAAAUGAGUUGUCCUCAUGUAAAUGACCUCAAAAAAGACUUCAAAGUCUCAUAUUACUUAAACGUCUCCAGCUCCUUUUGUUUCGAAAAUUCAAGUACAGGUUUCAACUCUCUUCAGAGAGACAUCUUUGGGACUAGCACUUUGUGUAUGUCUCAAAGUGAUGUCCAUCUUAUUGAGAAUGGACUAAACGGAGUACAAAAGGCAGGGACCAACUCUAGGUGUCCGUUUUAGCGUGGUCUCCAUCUUAUAAAAGUGUCCACUAAAAGAACAUUGACUGUAUCAGCACUCAACUGUAAUCACCUAUUGCUGAGAAUGUGAAUGUAACCAUUUUGUUCCCUCCACAUUCAUUUAAAGUUUGUUUCACUGAUUAUUGUGUUAUUGCUUACCAGGCGGCUCGACCUUUGAUAACAGUCUACGAUGAAGCAGGAGAAAAUGCUGGACAGACCACCCUUCCAGCUGUGUUCAAGGCUCCCAUUCGUCCUGAUGUAGUCAGCUUUGUUCACACCAACAUGGCCAAGAAUAAGCGACAGGCAUAUGCUGUAAAUGUCAAUGCUGGCCACCAGACCUCUGCAGAGUCCUGGGGUACAGGCCGUGCUGUCGCUAGGAUUCCUCGUGUUAGAGGUGGUGGAACCCAUCGAUCUGGUCAGGGUGCUUUUGGCAAUGUAUCUUUCUGAUUAAAGAUUUCUUUAACUGUUCAAUCCCCAAUAUCCACAUACAAAUUCACCAGACAUCUCUAUACAUUUCCUUCAGAAUUAGUGGAGACAGUUCGAUAAAGGAUCAAGGCAUUUCCCUUAAGUGAUCAUUUUAUUAAUUGUCGAAACCUUUUCUCUUGUCACUAUUGGGACUUGAAGGGUUUAGUGUUAACAUUUUAUUUCAUGCUUUCUAAACAUCUUCUUUUUGCUGCUGAGUGUUAUAACUUUUUCUAAAAGGGAAUGUAUUGCAACCGGCACUAAAAUUAAUGUCUGUCUUAGAGAGAUGGCAGUCUUUAAGUUAGGCAAAGGAAAAGACUAAACAAGGGCCUGGAACUCUUGGUGUCCAAUUUUGGGGAGCGUUGAAUCUCUUAUGGAUGUUUUCAUUAUGACAGAGAUGACUACAUAUGCUCUCAAAUGUGGAUCGUAUAGAAAGAGUGUAUUCUUUAGUAAGAUUUGAAAGUUGGCAGGUUAGCUUCUGCACUGGUUGUUUUGUUUGAAUGCUUGUUAUAGUUUAUUAUUCAUAAGUGACUGAUUUCAAGAAAUGAUUGCUUCACCAGUUGAAAUUUUGUUUACUGAAAAUUGGGGGAGUAGACUUGAAAAAUCUCUUACUGUAUUAAAGUUGUAAGGAGACAGGGAUUUCUAACCAUUUUCCUCUGUGAAAGCAAAGUUAGAAAAUUGUCCUCAAUUUAUUUUAACUGUUUGAGUGAACAAGGUGGCCACAUUUUUGGCUCAGUUUAAUUCUCACUGUGUUAGCUGAACCAUAUUAUAUUAUUUUGAGGUAGCAUCCUUAAUUUUUAAACAAGAUGUGCCGAGGUGGCCGUAUGUUUGCACCUACAAAAACCUGGCGCCGCUGGCAUCGCAAGAUCAACCAGAAACAGCGUCGCUAUGCCAUGUGCUCAGCACUAGCUGCCUCUGCUCUCCCUGCACUGGUAAUGGCACGAGGUCACCGUGUGGAUGAAAUACCUGAGGUACCAUUGGUUGUCUCUGACAGCAUUGAGUCCCUGCAGAAGACAAGUGCCGCUGUUAAGCUGCUAAAAGCUGUCAAUGCAUAUGAGGAUGUUGAAAAGUGCAAGGAUUCUAAGAAAAUCCGUGCAGGCAAGGUAAGUUUGGGUGUGGUAUAUAGUCAAGCCUCCUUGAUACGGACACCAAAGGUACAGGGCUAAGUGUCAGCUUUGCACGGGUGUCUAUAAUAUAGAAGUAGCUACUGUAUGAAGUUUCUCAACUCUGGGACAGGGUGUGAAAAAAGUCCUGUCUGGUCAUCCCGGACAAACAGAUUUUUUUACUGGGCAAGUAACUUUAUAAGCUUCUUUCUCCAUUGGUCCAAGAAAUCAUUAAGCAAAGCAAAGGUCAUGGCAAACAAAAUUGUGGGAGCUAAUUGUUUAAAGGACAAGCUUUAGUAUAAGGAUUUUUCAAGCCCUGUGGGAUGAAGAGAAAUAUCCAUAAUAUAGAGGGGUAUAAAAAGGAGAGGUGAGACUGUGUAGGUAAAUUUUGCUUUGAAACUUUCAUAUCUUGAUUUGAUGGUUAAUAUCUUUGUGUUUGGCAAAUCCCCAAAGCUCUUUUGAGGCUGUCGGCUUUUUUUCUUCUGGUUUCAUUGGCUUUCUUACAGAGGUAUUCAGGGCUGUGCUCUAGCAGAGCCCGGUGGCCCUUGGGGCCGAACUUUUACCCUCAGGCGACUAGAAAAUCUCAGAUUUUUCAUACAAAUCACAUGCUGGGCACCCUAGAUUUUACAGUUUCAGAGCACUGGGCUCCCGUCAAUUUUCAGUAGAGUGCAGCCUUGGGUAUUGGAUAAAUAGACACGGGCAGCCUAUAUAAAGUCUUGAAAUGUUAAAUUCUUAACAUGUAUUAUUUUAUUACUCCAUUAUAGUAAAAACUUAUUGACCUAAACAUCAGCACCAAAAUACUUUGUUUCAAUGUUAUUUUCACAGAGUGCCAGUCAGGAAUUAGGUGCCCAACAGUCUAUAGGUGAAGUGUCAGUGACAGAGAGGGCUGGGCUAAAUACAGCAAUAGACCUUGUUGGCAUGUUUGUUUUGUGGCCAGUGUAAUAGUCGCACUCAAAAUUGGACCUAUGUUGCUAAAAAACACUCUUUAUUUCCAGCAAGAUAAAGGUGCAGAUCUCAUAAGUAUUGUCACAUGAUCUCCAGUACCAAAGCAUACCAGCAAAUAAGGUUUAUUUAGCUUCUUGAAGCUUUAUGCAGAAAAUCUGAAAAUUUGGGUUAUAAGUCAAUGUUAAUUUUGGUAUGUAAUCAUGCUGUGUGCCUUACCUAUACAUAUUUUACAUACCAUGCUUGUUUAAACUUUUAUAUUAGGGUAAGAUGCGUAACCGUAGGACUGUGAUGCGCAAAGGCCCCCUUGUUAUCUACAACGAGGAUCAAGGUGUGCGAAAAGCCUUCCGUAAUUUACCAGGAGUUGAUAUUCUUUCUGUGGAUCGUCUGAAUCUUCUCAAGCUUUGUCCUGGUGGUCAUAUGGGAAGGUAAUGAGGACAAACUCUAUGUUUAUUCUAUGUGCUUCUUAUGUAAUUUUGAUUUAUGGGUUCUAUCUACCAAUGGUCUAAUGGCUUUGAAAUCCACAUUUCUGUGAAUGAACCCUGUUUAAGCAGUUUAUGCAUUUUGUCAAGGCGCUAGACUAAAUGCAGGGAAUUAGCUUUCUUUCUUGUGCUUUAACUGAACAAACAAGGGAAGUGUUCAGUUAUUUUGUUUGUUGUAAGUCACCUGUAAUGGCAAAGAGCCUACCUGAAGCAAUCAAUACCAAGGGAAGCAAGUGAAUCACACCUUGCCUUUUAACCCUUGUAUCAAUGAAAAGAGAAAGUACAUUUGUAUCGUCUUAUCCAUGAGGUUAGUCAAAGCUACAGCAUACUCUUUGUAUAGGGUAUUCCUGUAUCCAUGUAGUGUUCACAGUAAGGGUCAUUGUUUGGUUAUUGAGAAAAUGUUUUUUUGUUAGCUCAUUGAUGGUGGCAUUAAAAUAAAGUUUUAGUGGAUCAUGGAACAGCAUAUGAUUUCUUUUUCUGGCAUGAGCAUUUGUAUAAAGUGCUUUUCAGCAUUGUAAGAACAUUGCAUAGUUGUAUAUUAUGUGCUUGUUUGUGUUCUGUAGGUUGUGCAUCUGGAGUAAGGGGGCUAUUGAGAAACUUGAUUCCUUAUAUGGAACUGGAAAGAAACCAUCCACUGAAAAGAAGGAUUUCAAGUAAGUUGAUGCUUCUUUUAUGUCUGUAUGUGAUGACAGUUGACGUGUGAAAUCAACUAUCGUUUUAUGGAUGCAUACAGGUAAAUCUUUGCUGACGUCAUUACUUACAAUUUGCUCAUUAACAUACGAGUAAACCCAUAGAAGAGGUCACCGUAUUCACAAAUUGAAUUCAAAAGUUGAAAGGCUUGGUUAAUUUGGGCAACUUGUGCAAGUUUCAGUUCUUUGCAUGCAAUAUCAAAGGAAAUAGAAGCCAUCGAAAGCUGCAAAAACCAAUCGAGUCCAUACGUUCUUUGUAAAGUUUUGAGUUUUUCAAAGAUAAUUCCUCCUGAACGAUUUGGUAUAUCAGGCUCACAUUUUCACAGAUAACUGAAGUUGUUAUGCUCUUUUGAUGUUCAGAAAGUUUAUUUUAAAAGCUUGAUCAGAGAAUGAAAGGAAUAUGCUAAUGAGUGAAAAAUGUAAACAAAGAUUCGGAUAUAUUUGUAGAGGCUAUACAUGGCAAUCCCUUCACCCAUGUGGUGAGGAUAUUAACCAUUUUUUGCUUGUUUGUUUUUUUUUUCACAGUCUCCCACAACCACUCAUGAGCAAUGCAGAUCUCAAUCGUAUUAUCAACAGUGAGGAAAUACAGGCUGUCCUCAGACCUGCUGGGUAAGAAAGGGUCCAUUUCUUAUCAUAUUAUUUUUAUCAGUAAUAGCAAGUUUUUGUUUAGUUAACGUGCAAAAGUAAAUCUGUCAAUCUGACACAAAGUAGUUGAGUUAUUAGCUCCUCUUACCUUACGAGACUGACGUAAAAUUGCUGCUCAUGUUUUACCCUUUUUCUUCAAUUCUUUAAAUCUAACGUACAUUUACUUCACUUAAGACCUAAAGCAUUUGAUUGGCAAACAUUACACACUGCACUCAAGCAUUUUAACUGUUCUAUACAUUGUACAGUGUACUUUUUGUAAGGGUUGGGGGAGGGGUGAGCUGAAUAGCUUGAUACAAAAGGAAACCCUAUUGAAAAGCAUUAAUCUGAGAUACAAGAAAAGCAAAGUGAGAAACAUUGUUCUGCUUUUCAAUAAACGUGGAAACUGUCUUUGCAUUUUGUGCAUAGAGCUGGAUAGCUGAGCUGAAUUCUCUCUGCUGGGAAUUUGUACUCCGUGACCAAGUUUUCCCCUUAUUUUCCGUUUACUCUUUAUUGCUUCCACACAAAAAUAAGUAGUUUUAUGCCAGUUUUAACCAUAGGAAUCGUUCGGGACUGUUUUUAUCUGCAUAUUUUCUAUUCUGAGAAAUUCUCAACGUUAGUCUGAGGUUUGCCGUUUGCGGUAAACGUGAAUCUUAAUCUCUCUAAUGCGACUCUAAAUUUCUCUGUUAUUGUUGCGGCUUUUCCACCAGACCAUCAAAGACCCGCCGAGCAAUCCGUAAGAAGAAUCCUCUGAAGAACAUUGGCAUCAUGAUGAAGCUGAACCCUCAUGCUAAGACUGUCAAGCGAGCUGAGAUGCUGACGGUAGAGAGGAGGAGGGCUGCUAAGGAGGCUGUCCUGAGCAAGAAGAGGGAAGGAAAAUAA